AUGUUAAGUGAAGAUGAAAUCGUGGAGGCGUGCAUUGCAAACACAGCAACUGAAAUAGACAGUUCGGAAGAUGACGAUGGAGCGGUGUGCGAGGGGCGCGGCCACGCCCGGGGCGAAGUGGGCAUCGCUGCUGUGAACAUCCUGCACCCCAGUCUGGUGCUGUGCCAGAUCAGCGACAGCCAGAGCUACCACAACGUGCUCACCAAGAUGAACAUCUUCAACCCCGUGGAGAUCAUCGUGCCGAACACGUUCUGCGACGGGAUGCAGCCGUCCAAGCUGUUUGUGGUGCUGAGCGACUUCUACCAGUGCGUGACGCCCGUGCAGAGACGCCACUUCAACGACACAGCAGGGCUGCAGCACAUUCAGCGCAUCUGCGUGUCCGAGUACGCCUCUGUCGAGAUGCUCAUCACACCCAAAUUUUAUGCACUAUCAGCCGCAGCAGCCUUGCUUAGAUACAUAGAAUAUUCCCGGAACAAGAUAUUUGUUGCCAAGUCCUUGAAAGUCGAAUACCAAGGUUCACUUAACACUACCAUCAUUGACGCUGCCGUGGGAGACUGUAAGAGCAGGUGGUGUGCAGACGUGGGGACGGCGCGCCGCCUGGAGCUGGUGCGCAGCCAGCGCGGCAAGGAGGCGCGCCACAGCCUGCUGGGCGUGCUGGACCGCUGCUGCACGGGCGGGGGGUCGCGCGCGCUGCGGGCCAGCCUGCUGCAGCCGCCGUGCCUGCACGAGACCCUCCAGCAGCGCCUGGACUGCGUGCAGGAGCUGGUCGACUGCCCCGAGCUCCUCCGCGCCCUGCAGGUGGUGAUGCCGAGGUUCGCGGACGUGGAGAAGCUGCUGGGGCUGAGCCUGCACUCGCCCCAGCAGGAGAGCGCCCGGGCGUCCGAGACGCAGCUCAAGUACGUGAUGCUGCUGAAGACCAGCCUGGAGCUGCUGCCCGCCCUGAGGACCACGCUGGAGCCGGCGCGGUGCCGCCUCCUCGUGUCCGUCAAGCAGGUGGUGAUGUGCAUGUAG